AUGGGAAUCACCCAAGAACAAUCACAGUCGACCUUCUUCCCGUCACAGCUCGAACCCCUCGACCACAACGCUUCCCCGGGACACACAUACACGAACAUCAAAGUACGAUAUGGCGACACAUUCUCGUUAACCCGACAACUCCUCAAAUCUCGCCCCGACUAUGUGCACAAAACAGCAGUGCUAAAGUGCGCUUCCGACGCGGAAUUGGCUGGAGGUUGGCGACACCGAUUCGGCACCACACAAGAGGACGCACUUUGCUACUCAUCAACACUUGGGCCGACGCUGGACCAGUGGAGAGAGAAGUAUCCCUGGCGGACAGUGGUCCAGCGAGACCGCAACAACCCCGGCGAGUGUGCCGGCGUCUUUUCACCGCAGGUGGUGAUUUUCCGGGACGAAAUCUCCGGCAACUGUGAAACGCUGCCCAAGAAGGACUGA